UUUUUCUUCAUAGUCAGUUGUUCAGGCUUAUUAGAAGAGGGAGUUGUCCGCCAGCAGAGGAGGAGAGUGCUGGUGGCUGCUUAGCUCAGCCAGUACUAUAGGAUGCGACUCCUGGCUUGGGUCGAGGUGAAAACAUUUUUGAUUGGCUGUUUCUUGUCACUAUAGCCACUUCGUCCCUGUGUGGGACUGCUGUCACCGCUUUUUUCCUCGACGGUGGGGAAACAACCUUUACUUCACUCUAGACUGACAAGUUGCAUCUUUGAGCUGUUUCUAUCAAACUUAUUUUUGUACUCAGUGCUGUAAAAUCCUACAAAACAAAACAAACAAACAAAAAACUCCACCAAACUUGUUUGAUCGGUUAAAGAGGAUGGAGACGAGCCCGAUCCCGGUGGUGACGGUCCAAACCGCCCCCUUCGAGGACCAGCGGCCCGGUACCAAUGGACUGCGGAGGAAGACUGCGGUGUUCGAGGGGAAGAAAAACUACUUGCAGAACUACAUCCAGAGCGUGCUGUCCUCCAUCGACCUGCGGGACCGACAGGGUUGCACCAUGGUGGUGGGCAGCGACGGCCGCUACUUCAGCCGAGCUGCCAUCGAGGUGAUAGUGCAAAUGGCAGCUGCCAACGGGAUUGGUCGUCUGGUAAUUGGCCACAGUGGGCUCCUGUCCACCCCUGCGGUUUCCUGCAUCAUCAGGAAGAUCAAGGCCAUUGGAGGGAUUAUCCUUACGGCAAGUCACAAUCCUGGAGGCCCUGGAGGAGACUUUGGAAUCAAGUUCAAUGUGGCAAAUGGAGGGCCCUCUCCAGACACAGUGAUGGAGAGGAUCUACCAGGUGAGCCGGACACUCGAGGAGUACGCCAUAUGCCCCGAUCUCCGCAUUGAUCUCUCUAGGCUCGGAAGACAGGAGUUUGACCUCGAGAACAAAUUCAAACCUUUCAGAGUGGAGAUUGUAGACACGGUUGAAGUGUAUCUACAAAUGCUACGAAACAUCUUUGACUUCACUGCCAUUAAAAGUCUCCUCACAGGACCAGAUCAGCCUAAAAUACACAUAGAUGCCAUGAACGGAGUGAUGGGCCCCUAUGUACGUAGGAUUCUGUGUGAUGAGUUGGGAGCUCCUGCUAACUCUGCUGUAAACUGUGUACCUCUGGAGGACUUUGGUGGCCGACCUCCUGAGCCCAACCUGACUUAUGCCACCUCUCUGGUAGAGUCCAUGAAAGGAGGCGACUUUGGCUUUGGGGCGGCAUUUGAUGCAGAUGGGGACCGAUACAUGAUCCUUGGAGAAAAUGGCUUCUUUGUGAACCCAUCAGACUCGGUGGCCAUCAUGGGUGCUAACCUCUCCACCAUCCCCUACUUCAGACAGUACGGCGUCAAAGGAUUUGCUCGAAGUAUGGCCACUAGUGCUGCCCUUGAUAGGGUUGCCAAAGCAAUGAAACUGGCCUUGUAUGAGACUCCCACAGGCUGGAGAUACUUCGGGAACCUGAUGGAUUCUGGGCGUUGUUCCGUCUGUGGGGAGGAAAGCUUUGGGACAGGAGCUGACACUCAGAGAGGACUAUGGGAGCUUACUCGUUAUCUAUCCAUUCUUAUGUGUGUUCAUAAAUCUUGUGUGCAUCUUAUGAUUGUCAGGUUUGACUAUGAAGGUCUGGACCCACGUGCAGCCUUUUACCUAAUGAGAGAUCUGGAGGCAGUAAUCUCAGACAAAGCAUUCACCAGCCAGAAGUUUGCUGUAGGGGACCACAUGUACAGCGUGGAGAAGGCUGACAACUUCGAGUACAUUGACCCCGUGGAUGGAACAGUGGCUCGAAACCAGGGUUUGAGGAUUAUCUUUAAUGAUGCGUCCCGCCUGGUGUUUCGAAUGAGCGGGAGCGGCGGAGGGAUGGGGACCACCAUCCGCAUUUAUGCCGAGAGCUUUGAGAGAGACCCGGAGAGACACAACAGAGAGACACAGGUGGUGCUGGGUCCUCUCAUUGCCAUUGCCCUGAAGAUCUCGAACAUUCACGAGAGGACAGGACGCCGUGGCCCAAAUGUAAUCACAUGAGCAAGUGGAAAAAACCAAACCAACCAAAAAACACUCUCACACUCAUAUGCAAACACAUGAAAAAUAUCCUCAAAGCACCCUUUCCUGUUACUUUCUUGGUUUCAUCUUUAAAAUAUCUCUGUAGUUUCAGCCUCAUUUUUCAUUUCUCUUUUGACUCAGAUGCUUACCGCUGACAUUUGUCUCUCAAAAAUAAAGUUAAAGUCGCACACAGUG